CGGUGAAGGCUGGCAGACGCACAUUCGCCUGCGACACUCGUUCAUUGCCACUGAGACAGCACCAUGGCGGAAGAGCAGCAGAACGAUGUGCUUGACGGCCUCGAGGAACGCCUCCAAAGCCACAGCAAAGCUUUCGAGUCUCUACUGGCAUUAACACCCGCCCGCGACUAUUACGGCGCACAAAUAGAGGAUGGACUGAACCCGGACGAACAAUGGAACAGGAAGAAGCAAACGAAAGAGCAAAAGCGAGCCGCGAAAAAGGCAAAACUAGACCCGGCGAACCAGAAAAGCGCUCUGGACAUAAUGAAAGAGCGCGAAAAGAAACGUAAACGGGAGCUGGGCUUGGACGAUGAGGCCGAGGAAGGUGUGGAGAAAGAAGCCGAUGCGGAAGCUGGCAAUAAGCGACAGAAAAAGGAUGACGUUGAUCCAGAAGUGAGGCGAAAGCAGAUCGCGGAGAAGCGGAAAGCGAAGCGUCAGGCGAAGAAGGCCAAAAUCGAUGCAAAGAUCGAGAAGGCGAAGGCGAAGAUGGAGGCGAAGAAGAAGCAGCAGGAGGGAGAGGAUGUCGAGGAAGACCAAGCAAAUGGAGGCGCCACCGACAGCGAAGACGAGGACGAGGACGACCACGAGGAUGCCACAGAAAAUGAUGCCGCGGAUCUCGCCAAGGUCGACUUUUCGGGACUUGCUGGCUCAGAGGAUGAAGAGGAAGAAGAGGAGGACGAAGAAGCAGAGGCAUCUUCUACACCGACAAGUCCGAAUGUCAAUAGCCCAGCUUUUGACGUAGCGACUAACCUUUCUGAAGCCUCAUCCUCCUCCUCCGUGGACCCACAGCCUGUCGCCGAGAAGGCGGAAAAACCUGCAUCGAAGCAAAAGCCAUCCGCAACAACGAAUACCGCAUCAACCUCUACAACGAAAGCGAAGCCUAAACUUGAAGCCAAAGCCAAAGCGCCGAAGCAAAUAUCACUUCCUGCAUUCGACCCAUCCACAGCCGCUGCCGAAAUACCAUCCGGCACAUCUUCACCCAAAAUUCAACUUCCCAAUGUCGACCAAGCCGAGCUGCAAGAACGGUUACGGAAGCGAAUCGAAGAGCUGAGAGCGAAGCGCAAAGCUGAUGGCGCUGAUGGCAAGCCCGCAAAAUCCAGACAAGAGCUCCUCGACCAGCGAAGGAAAAAGGAAGAACAACGAAAAGCGCACAAGAAGGAGCUGCGCCAAAAGGCCAAGGAGGAAGAAGCGCGAAAGCGAGAGGAACAAUUACGAGGCUCUGGGAGCCCUGCGGCUGAUAUCUUCAGCGGGAGGAAUAGUCCCAGACCUCGAUCGCCCGCCGAGAACAGCUUCGCCUUCUCCAAAUUGGCAUUCGAAGAUGGCACAGCUGCGGAUGCAGAACUCAGCACAUUAAAGGACGCAGUCAGGAAAAAGGGCCCACAGGAUCCCAAGACCGCGCUCCUCGCGGCGCAAAAGAAAGAAGCCAGACUCGCGGGGCUCGACCCAGCGAAGAAAGCAGACAUCGCAGAGAAGGACAUGUGGUUGAACGCCAAGAAGCGCGCGCACGGUGAACGGAUACGAGACGAUACGAGUCUGUUGAAGAAAGCUCUGAAGCGUAAAGAGAAGGCGAAGGGCAAGAGUGAACAAGAAUGGAAUGAGCGCAAGGAAGCUGUUGUCAAGGGCAAAGAGAUGAAGCAGAAGAAGCGUGAAGCGAAUCUUGCAAAACGGAGAGAAGAGAAAGGAUCGAAGCCUGGCAAGAAAAAGGGCGGUAAACCCGGUGGGAAGCCUGGUGGUGGGAAGAAAAAGGCCAGAGCUGGGUUUGAAGGGAGAUUCAAAGCAUGAUUUUCAUGAGCUUGCUGCUGCUAUGCGGUCUGGUGGGAGAAUGGAGGUUGUAUAGAUAUACUUUUAGGGCAGCGGGUUUUAUGAAUCUCUUACAACUUCAAGCACCUUCA